CCGGUCUUCGCGAUGGGCCAUCUCCAUCAAUGGAUCUUUUUUGUCAUUCAAUUCCUCGGGAAUGCCUUGGCGCCAACCUCUUUCAUCAGGUCAAAAUAUCCGGUUCAAGGUUGUCUACGGAGUACGUUCUUGACUGCAACACAACGAGGCAUAUUCAACCUGCAUGAGCUGGAGAUUCCAUAGGAGGCCGCGCUACAGAGGAGAGCGGCGGGAAACGACGAACUAGUUUGACAGGUCACAAAACACUAAACCUGUCAAACAUGACAACUUGACAAGCAUGGAAGUUGCUGGCAACGACGCAUCUCAACGGGGAAAGUGUCAAACAAUGGACUCCCCAGCUUCAACGGACAACGUUGUUGUCGGGUCCCGAAUCCCGAACACCUCCAUCCAGUCUCGUGAAUGUCCCCGACUCUCGACUUUGGAGGAUUCUUCCUGUUCAAGACAUGGGACCGGGGCCCAGCCAUGCGGGCCAGUCGUUGAACACUUGUGGAGAAAACCCUUUCCAGCUGCAGCGAGUCGAGGCCAUUCACGUUCCCUUGCAGAUUGGGGAUCCCAUCCGCUCCAGUCGACACGAACGGACACCCCACACCAAAAGGCCCAGAAAGCUUUUGCAGACCUGCGGACUCUGCACUACAUCGCGCGAUCGUCCACGCAGCGGCUACGCAACCGCAACCUUCAAUCCUCGCGGCGAUUUUCUUCAACCCACCAGAAUUUUUAUCAGAUCAAGACAUCCCUGUCACCACGGAUCAUUGCUCCGAGAUCGGUGCAUGGGCCGACGUUGAGCUAAUGUGCCACAUGGAGGCGUUCAAGCGUUUCAAGGAGAUCGACGUCAAACACUGCACGGAAUGCUUGCUUAACUGCGCGACACACAGCCGCCAUGGCCCCGGUGUAUUGUAGCACGCUGAGACGUGAACCGGGGCGGAUGCGAGCCCG